AACGCGUGCAGCACCCUGGGGGUGCCUGGGCGUGAGAAGGCAAGAGGACCAGGCACCCUCGUGAAUCAUCUGCGUUAGUGACUUGCCAUCCAUUAGUGCAGCUAAACAAGAGCCAAAGACAUCAGAGGAAACCUAUUGAUAGAAGCUUAGAAGAAUGAGCAGGAAGAUGUCGUGCUCUGCUCUGUAGCGCAGGACAAGCAGAAAGAGGGAAAGAAGCAGGCAAACAGACGGACUGGAAGGGAGAGCCUACCGGGUUGCAGCCCCAUGCUGAGAGCUGGGAGAAGGCAGGGGGAGAAUCAGGGUUCUCCCUUGAUUGUCGGGACUUGGUUGGGACUUGGCCCACCCUGCCAUGCACAGGAAACAGUGAAUCAAUGCGACUGUCCCACCCCCACAUGAUCAAGUGUGGGGGAUAAGCCAAGGAGCUGAGAGACUGGGAGACCCAUGAGAGCCGGAGGAGCUAAAAGGAAGGCUUCUGGAGGGAAUUUAGAUAAUGGGCUGUGUGCAAUGUAAGGAUAAAGAAGCAACAAAACUGACGGAGGAGAGGGACGGCAGCCUGACCCAGAGCUCCGGGUACCGCUAUGGCACAGACCCCACCCCGCAGCACUACCCCAGCUUCGGCGUGACCUCCAUCCCAAACUACAACAACUUCCACGCAGCCGCAGGCCAAGGACUCACCGUCUUCGGGGGUGUGAACUCUUCGUCUCAUACCGGGACCUUGCGUACCAGGGGAGGAACGGGAGUGACCCUGUUUGUAGCCCUUUAUGAUUAUGAAGCACGGACGGAAGAUGACCUGAGUUUUCACAAAGGAGAGAAAUUCCAAAUACUGAACAGCUCGGAAGGAGACUGGUGGGAAGCCCGCUCCUUGACAACCGGAGAGACUGGUUACAUUCCCAGCAAUUACGUGGCUCCCGUUGACUCUAUCCAGGCAGAAGAGUGGUACUUUGGAAAACUUGGCCGAAAAGAUGCUGAGCGACAGCUUUUGUCCUUUGGAAACCCGAGAGGUACCUUUCUUAUCCGUGAAAGUGAAACCACCAAAGGUGCCUAUUCACUGUCCAUCCGAGACUGGGACGACAUGAAAGGAGACCACGUCAAACAUUAUAAAAUUCGCAAACUUGACAAUGGUGGAUACUAUAUUACCACCCGGGCCCAGUUUGAAACACUUCAGCAGCUUGUACAACAUUACUCAGAGAGAGCCGCAGGUCUCUGCUGCCGCCUAGUAGUUCCCUGUCACAAAGGGAUGCCAAGGCUUACCGAUCUGUCUGUCAAAACCAAAGAUGUCUGGGAAAUCCCUCGAGAAUCCCUACAGUUGAUCAAGAGACUGGGAAAUGGGCAGUUUGGGGAAGUAUGGAUGGGUACCUGGAACGGAAACACAAAAGUAGCCAUAAAGACACUUAAACCAGGCACAAUGUCCCCGGAGUCAUUCCUUGAGGAGGCACAGAUCAUGAAGAAGUUGAAACAUGACAAGCUGGUCCAGCUCUACGCCGUGGUGUCUGAGGAGCCUAUCUACAUUGUCACCGAGUACAUGAACAAAGGAAGUCUCCUUGAUUUCUUAAAAGAUGGGGAAGGAAGGGCUCUGAAAUUACCAAACCUCGUGGAUAUGGCAGCACAGGUUGCUGCAGGAAUGGCUUACAUCGAGCGCAUGAAUUACAUCCACAGGGAUCUGCGAUCAGCGAACAUUCUAGUGGGGAAUGGACUCAUAUGCAAGAUUGCUGACUUUGGAUUGGCCAGAUUGAUCGAAGACAACGAGUACACAGCAAGACAAGGUGCAAAGUUCCCCAUUAAGUGGACAGCCCCCGAAGCAGCCCUGUAUGGGAGGUUCACAAUCAAGUCUGACGUGUGGUCUUUUGGAAUCUUACUCACAGAGCUGGUCACCAAAGGAAGAGUGCCAUACCCAGGCAUGAACAACCGGGAGGUGCUGGAGCAGGUGGAGCGCGGCUACCGGAUGCCCUGCCCGCAGGACUGCCCCAUCUCUCUCCACGAGCUCAUGAUCCACUGCUGGAAAAAGGACCCGGAAGAGCGGCCCACCUUCGAGUACUUGCAGGGCUUCCUGGAAGACUACUUCACCGCCACAGAGCCCCAGUACCAGCCCGGUGAAAACCUGUGAGGCCGGGGUCCGCAGAGAGAGGCCUUCUCGGCGAGGCUUCCCCGCCCCCUCCCCAUUAGCUUUCAGUUCCGUAGCCAGCUGCGCGAGCAGUGCGAGCCGUCCCGGAUCAGAUUGCAUGUGACUCUGAAGCUGACGAACUUCCAUGGCCCUCAUUAAUGACACUUGUCCCCAAAUCCGAACCUCCUCUGUGAAGCAUACGAGACAGAACCUUGUUAUUUCUCAGACUUUUGGAAAAUGCAUUGUAUCGAUGUGAUGUAAAAGGCCAAACCUCUGUUCAAUGUAAAUAGUUACUCCAGUGCCAACGACCCUAGUGCUUUCCUUUUUUUAAAAUGCAAAUCCUAUGUGAUUUUAACUGUCUUCACCUGAUUCAA